UUUGCGUUGAAAACAACGGCGUGGAUUCCAGUGGCCGAGGCUUCUCUCUCUCUCUCUCUCUCUCUCGUUUCCGCAAUUUAAAGUCUUCUCGGCGGCUUUUUGCCGAUCCCAACUUUCUCACUGCGCCUUUUUUCCUUCCAAUCUUCUUUCUUUCUGCCUUUGUUACUGAAUUCAGCGGUUGCUAUUUGCUAUUUGGUUUCCUUCGGCGUUUCCGAUCACUGCGACUCUUUGUUUUGGGUAUACGCGCUUGCCACCGGUGUUCGAUUGUUCUUCGGAUUUUUGGCGAGGCGCGAACGGACUCUUGGCGGUGGGUUUGGUGGAAUUGGGAUUCGGGAUUAUUUCUAAGUUGUACUUUCCUUGGAACUCAGGUUAGCAUCUUUGUGAAGUGGAUAAUUUGGUUUUCGAAUUCCAACUUCUCAAGGGGAUUUCUAUUUGGUCUGUCGUGACGGCUGCCAAUAGCGAAACUCGUUGGUGUAAUUGGGUGGCUGGUCUGGAUUGCAUACUGAACAUUAUCAGGGCCCUAAGGAUGGGGUCCUGCUUGUCCAGUGAAAGCAGGAGCCCUUUACCCCGUUCUCCAAUGGGGAUUAGGAAGACAAAGAGCUUGAAAAGGAGGCCGAAGUCGCAGGGGUUAUCAUACGACCUUAGGAAGGAGGAGCUGCUGCACAGAACAGUUGGGCGGAUGUUCUUGAAUGGUUCCAGCGACAUUGCUUCACUCUUUACUCAGAAAGGCAAAAAGGGAAUCAAUCAGGAUGCUAUGAUUGUUUGGGAGAACUUUGCUUCUAGAGAAGACACAGUCUUUUGUGGGGUUUUUGAUGGCCAUGGUCCUUACGGGCAUAUGGUGGCAAAGCGAGUUAGGGACUCACUUCCUCUGAAACUUAGUACCCACUGGGAAGCGAAUAUAAAAAGUGACGAGAUUCUUCGGGAUGUUAGUUUAAAUUCUACUGGAAGCGUGUGGGCAGAUGACUCUUCAUUCCAAUCAACUGAUGAGGAAUCUAGGCCUUCCAUUGACUCUAAAGAAAUAGGAAAGCAUCCAGAGGUCUUUCACACAUUGAAAGAGUCUUUUCUGAAGGCGUUUAAAGUUAUGGACAGGGAGUUGAGGAUGUAUGCAAAUAUCGAUUGCUUCUGCAGUGGAACAACAGCUGUGACCAUAGUGAAGCAGGGCCAGGAUCUUGUAAUUGGAAAUGUUGGGGAUUCGAGAGCUGUUUUAGGUACAAGGGAUGAAAAUAAUUCACUCGUGGCCAUCCAGCUGACAGUCGAUUUGAAACCUAACCUUCCUGCCGAAGCAGAAAGAAUAAGAAAUUGUAAAGGACGUGUUUUCGCACUUCAAGAAGAACCGGAGGUUGCAAGGGUAUGGCUGCCAAACAACGAUGCACCCGGCCUAGCAAUGGCCCGGGCAUUUGGUGAUUUCUGUCUCAAGGACUUUGGUCUGAUUUCUGUGCCAGAAAUUUCGCACAGACGCCUCACUGACAAGGAUGAGUUUGUUGUGUUAGCAACAGAUGGGAUAUGGGAUGUAUUGUCGAACAAGGAAGUGGUGGACACCGUAGCUUCUUGCUCCAUACGCUCUAAUGCAGCACGAACAGUCGUGCAUUCAGCAGUUAGGGCAUGGAGAUACAAGUACCCGACUUCAAAGGUCGAUGACUGCGCAGUGGUUUGCCUUUUCCUAGAUUCAAACGAAUCAACUUCUUCCAUAGCCAAAUCUAGUGCUCAAACCGAGCACGAUAAUGUCUCGACAAAAAACGAAGCUUUAGAUGGCGAUCAAAUGAAUGUCGAGUUCGGACAAGAGUGGCGCGCACUUGAAGGCGUAUCGAGGGUGAACACAAUGUUGAGCAUGCCAAGGUUAGAACCCGAGAAAGAAGAUAUAAAAGCAGCUGCUGCAGUUGAGAUCAAGGCUCGGAAAUGACUGCUUACUAAAUGGCUUCUACCCCACGCAAAUGGGGACAAAUAAAAAAUAUAUCUUGGAAAAGCCAUUAGAGUAAUUGUGUGUUUGCUUUUAUUAUCAUGGACCGGAGAUGGAGAUGGAGACGGAGAUGGACCACCCCGACUAAUAUUAGUACGGCCGGGAAUCAUUUAUAUAUCUUCUUCUCUCUCAAUAGAUAUGGAUUUUUGCAGCAGGUGCAUUUCCUACUCUCCAGUCUUGAUCUUGUUUAUUUUGUGUUUUGAUUGUUUCUCUGCUUGUUCGGUCCCCUAAACUGGAUUUUGUGUGAUCUGUGUUUAAAAACAAACUAGUAAUAAUGAUAAUAUAAUUGUGGCAAUGCAUGUAUGUGAUUUCAAUUUGGAGCUGAAUAAUUGUUUGAUGGAGACUUGUUUA